GAAUGGCAGUUGGACUGGAAGAACAUCCAGCCUGCUCUUUCGAGUGUCCGGAGGUCAAUGGCAUCCCUCCAGACAUCCUCACUUAAGGUCAUGCGUGUGAGCCAACUAGAUUCCGAUAUUCUCGAUAGUGAACUUUUUACGAUCUUAAAAGAACAGCUCUGGAAUGCUCUCUCACUCUUCAACCCUGCCUUUAAAGAGUCCAUCGAACCUGAACUCCUUGCACUUUUGAAUCUUGCUCUAUUCAAACUGUCCAUCUAUGAUACAUCAGCUACAUAUGGUGCUCAAUUACAAAAUCUUAAAUACCGCAAUGAAUGGAAGCAUGGUGGACCAUUAGAAUCUAUUGCUAAGGACGCUCCUUUGACAAAGACACAAAAAAUUAUAUAUGGUGUACUAAGUGUAGGAGGACAAUACGCUUGGACCCGGACCAGCCGAUUGGUGACUUCCAGAGGCUGGGGUGAACUUGAUGAAUCGGAUAUCCGUAACAAGAUUUACCGUGUACUGCAAGCAGGAGAAAAGUAUUGGAAGGCGCUCUCUCUUGUUAACUUCCUCGUAUUCUUGUAUAGUGGAAAGUACAGAACUCUGCUUGAUCGGAUCUUAGGCAUGCGACUCGUAUACUCAAAGAAAUCUAUGAAUCGCCAGGUCAGCUUCGAGUUUUUGAACAGGCAAAUGGUCUGGCAUGCAUUUACAGAAUUCUUACUAUUCUUGGUACCUUUAAUUAAUAUUGAAAAAUUGAAACUGAGAGUUACGCGGAUGUUGUUUCCGAAAUCAUAUAUGGUGUCCUCCAAGGGAUACGAUAGACUCCCAGUAAACCAGUGCGCAAUUUGUCAUGAUAAUUCUUCGGCAGAUACUCAUACAGGUGCAAUUGGACAAGCACAGGAUUACACUGUUCAUAAUCCCUACAAAACCAACUGUGGACACAUCUACUGUUAUUACUGUAUUCAAACCAAAGUAUCUGUUUUUGGCGGGGAAUGGCCAUGCUUGAGAUGCGGUGAAAAAGUAGAGGAUAUAGACAAA